UAUAUUUUUUUUAAUUUUUGUGAUAAAAUUAGUACAAAUUAAACCUUUUCAGGCCAAUUAAUAGUAAACUAAUUUAACCUAACGCUAUUAAAAUUAGAAGCCGGUUGAAACCAGUUUAAUCAUAUUGAUUUAUAUUAAGGUCCAACCAGGGUACCACAGCAUCUACAUCUGGUAUACGAUAGUACCACUAGUGGCUACGCACUAUCGUAGACCGGCUUGAGUUAUUUAAUUAAUUUAACAUCCUGGUUUUAAAUUAAAAUUGUGAAAAAUGGUGGAACACAGUGAGGAAUCUGUGCCGGCUUACCUCGUGCUGGAAAACGGGGUAAUUCUCGCGGGAAAAUCGUUCGGCGCAAAAAAACCGAUCGACGGGGAAGUUGUAUUCCAAACUGGUAUGGUGGGGUAUCCAGAGUCCUUGACUGACCCGAGUUACCACUCUCAACUCUUAGUAUUGACUUACCCCCUGAUUGGCAAUUAUGGCAUUCCCGAAGAGAAACUGGAUGAGAAUGGCUUACCUUAUUUUUUUGAAUCUCAUCGAAUUUGGGCGGCUGCCCUCAUUGUGGACGAGCACUGUGACAAACCAAGCCAUUGGCGUAACGUGAAAACCUUAUCCGAUUGGAUGAAGGGGCAAAAUGUACCUGGAAUUCAAGGAAUCGAUACUAGACAUUUAACAAAAAUUAUUAGGGAAAGUGGCAGCUUAUUGGGUAAAAUAGUUUACAGUUUACCCAUUGACACUAAAGCAGUGUCAGUGGAAGACCCGAAUUUAAGAAAUCUCGUGGCAGAAGUGUCUACUAAGAAAACCAUCACAUAUAACCCCACAGGAUCUCCGAGGAUCUGUGCGGUCGACUGCGGACUGAAAUUCAAUCAAAUCCGCUGUUUUAUAAACAGGGGGGCCAGAGUAGAUCUGGUGCCCUGGGACCAUAAACUCAAUGUGGACGAAUAUGACGGUUUAUUUUUGAGUAAUGGUCCGGGAAACCCGCAGAUGUGCCAGAAAACCAUCGAGAACCUUAAAAGGGUGUUAAAUUGCACCGAGAAGAAGCCGGUUUUCGGUAUUUGCUUGGGACAUCAGCUGCUGUCCAUGGCCAUCGGAUGUAAAAGUUUCAAAAUGAAAUACGGCAACAGGGGUCACAACCAGCCCUGCAUCCACAAAGACACCGGUCGCUGCUACAUGACGUCACAGAACCACGGUUUCGCCAUCGAUCCUGCCACAUUACCGCCCGGUUGGCAUCCGCUUUUCACCAACGCGAACGAUAAAACCAACGAGGGAAUCGUCCACGAGAAUCUCCCAUAUUUCAGCGUACAAUUCCAUCCGGAACACCAGGCCGGUCCCGAGGACUUGGAGGGUCUAUUCGACGUUUUCCUCGACGCUAUUCAGCAAAAAAACCAACAGAAGUGUGUAAAACAGUUGCUGAAGCAAAAACUGAGUUUCGUCAGUGACGUGUCGCCUCUACAAGAAAUCCCUAAAAAAGUCCUGAUUAUCGGCUCGGGAGGGUUAUCCAUAGGACAAGCCGGGGAAUUCGACUAUUCCGGUUCGCAAGCCAUCAAAGCCCUUAGGGAGGAGAACAUCCAAACGGUUUUGAUAAACCCGAAUAUCGCCACGGUGCAGACCUCCAAAGGGUUGGCGGAUAAAGUGUACUUUCUGCCCUUGGUGCCGGAAUAUGUGGAGCAAGUGAUACGGUCGGAAAGACCCGGGGGGGUGUUGUUAACGUUCGGCGGUCAGACCGGCUUGAAUUGCGGCAUAGAGUUGCAAAGUAUGGGCGUGUUCGAUAAGUACAAUUGCAAAAUAUUGGGCACCCCUAUCCAGGCCAUCAUUGACACGGAGGAUCGGAAGGUUUUCAGCGAAAGGGUGGCGCAGAUUGGGGAAAAGGUGGCCCCGAGUAUGGCGGUCACGUCCGUCGAGGAGGCCCUAGGGGCGGCCGAACAGUUGGGGUAUCCGGUCUUGGCUAGGGCGGCUUUUUCUUUGGGUGGAUUGGGAUCCGGUUUCGCCAAUACAAAAGAGGAACUAAAAGCGUUGGCCCUGCAAGCCCUCGCCCACUCCAGCCAACUAAUAAUCGAUAAAUCCCUAAAAGGUUGGAAAGAGGUCGAGUACGAGGUGAUCCGAGACGCCUUCGACAACUGCCUGACCGUCUGCAACAUGGAGAACGUCGACCCUUUAGGUAUCCACACGGGGGAAUCGAUCGUGGUCGCACCCAGUCAAACCCUAUCGAAUCGCGAGUACAACCUACUCAGAACCACCGCGAUUAAAGUGAUAAGACACUUCGGGGUGGUGGGCGAGUGUAACAUCCAGUACGCCCUCAAUCCGCACUCGGAGGAGUAUUAUAUCAUCGAAGUGAACGCGAGAUUAUCGAGAAGUUCCGCGUUGGCCAGCAAAGCGACCGGAUAUCCGUUGGCUUAUGUGGCGGCCAAGUUGGCCCUAGGCACUCCACUUCCGGAUAUCAAGAAUUCGGUUACAGGAGUGACUACAGCGUGUUUCGAGCCGAGUUUGGAUUAUUGCGUGGUGAAGGUACCGCGGUGGGAUCUGAGUAAGUUCGCGCGGGUGAGCACGAAAAUCGGGAGCAGUAUGAAGAGCGUCGGUGAGGUGAUGGCUAUCGGGAGGAAGUUCGAGGAGGCGUUCCAGAAGGCUUUGAGGAUGGUCGACGAGAAUUUUCCGGGAUUCGAUCCGUAUGUGAAAGCAGUAAACGACAAAGAACUAAUGGAACCGACGGACAAACGUAUGUUCGUAAUAGCCGCUGCUCUAAAACAAGGCUACACAGUGGAAAAGCUCCACGAACUGACCCAGAUCGACCGUUACUUCUUAGAAAAAAUGAAGAACAUCAUCAGUUACAACUCCUUAAUGGAAACGAUCGAUCAGAACGUUUUGACGAGCGCAAACCUCCUCAGGGCCAAACAGUUGGGUUUCUCCGACAAACAGAUCGCCGCAGCAGUUAAGAGUACCGAAUUGGCCAUAAGGAAGAAGCGAGAAGAGUUCGCCAUCAAACCGUUUGUCAAGCAAAUAGAUACGGUGGCGGCAGAAUGGCCCGCAACAACGAACUAUUUGUAUUUGACCUAUAACGCGUGCGGUCACGAUUUAACUUUUGAGGAGCAACACGUGAUGGUCAUCGGAUCCGGGGUCUAUCGGAUCGGCAGUUCUGUCGAAUUCGAUUCUUGCGCCGUGGGUUGUUUGAGGGAGUUAAGACGUUUGGGACGUAAAACUAUCAUGGUCAACUAUAAUCCGGAAACCGUUAGUACGGAUUACGAUAUGUCCGAUCGGUUGUACUUUGAAGAAAUCACUUUUGAGGUGGUGAUGGACAUUUACAACAUCGAAGACCCGGAGGGCAUAAUUUUGUCGAUGGGCGGCCAGUUACCCAACAACAUCGCGAUGGAUUUACACCGGCAACAGGCGCGGAUCCUCGGUACUUCCCCGGACAGCAUAGACGGCGCCGAGAACCGUUUCAAGUUCUCCCGGAUGCUGGAUCGGAUCGGGAUCAUGCAGCCCCGUUGGAAGGAACUGACCAAUCUGGAGUCGGCGGUCGAGUUUUGCGAGCAAGUCGGUUAUCCCUGCCUGGUACGGCCGUCGUACGUUUUAAGCGGGGCAGCGAUGAACGUCGCGCACUCCAAUCAGGAUCUGAAAACGUAUUUGAAUGCCGCCAGCGACGUCAGCAAGGAACAUCCGGUGGUCAUUUCCAAGUUUAUCACCGAAUCGAAGGAGAUCGAUGUGGAUGCGGUGGCUUGUGAUGGUGCCAUCUUGUGUAUCGCGGUGUCGGAACACGUGGAAAACGCCGGGGUGCAUUCGGGGGACGCCACCCUGGUCACGCCGCCGCAAGACAUCAACCCGGAAACUUUAGCGAAGAUUUUCGUGAUAAGCAAAUCGAUCGCCGCCUCUUUAGAGGUGACCGGGCCGUUCAAUAUGCAACUGAUCGCCAAAGAUAACGAUCUGAAAGUGAUCGAGUGUAAUGUGAGGGUUUCCAGAUCGUUCCCGUUUGUCUCGAAAACCUUGAACCACGAUUUCGUCGCUAUGGCCACCAGGGUAAUAGUGGGGGAGCACGUGGAACCCGUGGACGUCCUCGGGGGUUGCGGCAAAGUGGGGGUGAAAGUGCCGCAGUUUUCCUUCUCCCGUUUGGCCGGGGCGGACGUGAUGUUGGGGGUGGAAAUGGCCUCGACAGGUGAGGUCGCUUGUUUCGGCGAUAACCGCUACGAGGCCUAUUUGAAGGCCCUGAUGAGUACCGGCUUCGGGAUACCGAAAAAGUCGAUUCUGUUGUCCGUGGGUAGUUUUAAGCAUAAAAUGGAACUGUUGCCCAGCAUGAGGACGUUACAGAAGUUGGGCUAUAAACUGUCGGCCAGUUUGGGUACCGCCGAUUUUUAUAACGAGCACGGGGUCAAGGUGGAAUCGGUCCAAUGGACCUUCGAGAACAUCGACGAUAUAGCGAGCGAGAAUGAGCUAAAACACUUGGCCGAAUUUUUAUCGAAAAAGCAGUUCGAUCUGGUGAUCAAUAUCCCGAUGAGGAACAGCGGGGCUAGAAGGGUGUCCUCCUUUAUGACCCACGGUUAUAGGACUAGAAGGUUGGCCAUCGAUUAUUCGAUACCGUUGAUGACUGACGUCAAAUGUACAAAGUUACUAGUAGAGGCGAUUCGUCUGAUCGGCAAAGCGCCCCCAAUGAAGACCCACACCGACUGUAUGAGCUCGAGAAACUUGGUGAAACUGCCCGGUUUUAUUGACGUGCACGUGCACGUGCGAGAACCGGGUGCCACCCAUAAGGAAGAUUAUGGUUCUUGUACGGCCGCUGCCCUGGCAGGCGGAAUCACCAUGAUCCUGGCCAUGCCCAACACCGAUCCGGCCAUAGUGGACGAGGAGGCUUUUCUUUUAGUUAAAAAGUUGGCCAAAGAGGGAGCUCGAUGCGAUUAUGCUCUCUUUGUCGGUGCCUCCUCCGAUAACGCCGCGACUAUUUGCGAGUUAGCGAGCGAGGCGGCCGCCCUCAAAAUGUACCUGAACGAAACGUUCACCACUUUACGUUUGAACGAUUUGACCGUAUGGAACAAACACUUGAAGAAUUGGCCUAAAAAGGCGCCGUUAUGCGUCCACGCCGAAAGUCAGACCACCGCGGCCAUUAUUUUGCUGGCCAGUCUGGUCAAUAGGCCGAUUCAUAUCUGCCAUGUAGCGCGUAAGGAGGAAAUUCUGAUCAUUAAGGCUGCGAAAGAGAACGGAUUGAAGAUCACCUGCGAGGUGUGUCCUCAUCAUUUGUUUUUGUCUACUAACGAUGUGGAGAAGUUGGGGAGUCGCAGGAGUCAAGUUAGGCCGUGUUUGGUGAGCCCGGAAGACCAACAAGCCCUAUGGGACAACCUGAAAGUGAUCGAUUGCUUCGCGACCGACCACGCCCCGCACACCGUCGAGGAAAAACUGAGCGAAAAGGCCCCGCCGGGUUUUCCAGGUUUGGAAACCAUAUUGCCGUUGCUAUUAAACGCGGUGAACGAGGGUCGCAUGACCAUGGAGGAUUUGAUCAGUAAAUUCCACAAAAACCCGCGGAAAAUAUUCAAUUUACCCGAGCAGCUUAACACUUACGUCGAGGUGGACAUGGACGAGGAAUGGACCAUUCCAGACUCUAUGACGUAUUCAAAGUCGAAAUGGACCCCGUUCGCGGGCAAAAAAGUAAAAGGGGCGGUGCACAGGGUGGUACUGCGGGGCGAAGUCGCUUACGUGGAAGGUCAGGUGCUGGUGCAACCCGGUUUCGGCCAGAACGUGCGAGAGUGGGACAAAAAGUUCAUUUCGAACGUUUCGAGCUCUUUGAGCGAGCUGAGACCUUCUAGCGCCGUAGAUCGGUCCUUGUCCCCUUUGCCGCCGUUUGCCCAUGAUAAAUUUUUGGAAUACGAGAACGACGGACAUACCAAUGAGAUGUUCACUAAGUUGUUGGCGGUGGAGAAUAAGUCUCUCCAAAGCGCACUUAUCGAAUCCCAUUAUAGAAAACAGGUAAAACGCCCACAGGUACAUUUUGCGGAUGUUCACGCAGACCGACAAGCGAUGCUCUCGCCGGUACCGUUGAGGAUCAGAACCGAGAGUUUCUCGCAGCAACAAGAUAAAAAAAUCGGAAAAGGAGAUGGAGUUUUGGCCCCCGUGGCUAUACAGCCGGAGAUGAUGCACCAGCAUCCUUCCCACGGACUGGUGGGCAAACACGUCCUAGGGGUGGAGAUGUUCCAGAAGGAGCAGCUGAAUUAUAUUUUCAAUUUGGCGCAAACUUUUAGGGUGUACGUAUCGAAAGACCGUCCUCUGGACCAUCUCCUCAAAGGCAAACUGAUGGCCUCGAUGUUCUACGAGGUGAGCACUCGCACCUGCUGCAGUUUCUCCGCUGCGAUGCAACGUUUGGGCGGUCGGGUCAUUUACAUGGACGAGAGUAGUUCUUCCGCCAAAAAAGGGGAAACUUUGAACGACUCGAUUUCUACUUUGGCCGGAUACGCGGACGUGAUCGUCCUGAGACAUCCCGAACCUGGAUCAGUUUUUAAAGCUGCACAGCAUUGCCGUAAACCGGUAAUAAACGCCGGAGAUGGUAUCGGAGAGCACCCCACUCAAGCCCUACUGGACAUUUUCACAAUCCGUGAAGAAAUCGGUACCGUAAACGGCCUGGUCAUCACCUUGGUAGGCGAUUUGAAGAACGGACGUACCGUGCACUCCUUGGCCAGACUGUUGACCCUCUAUAACGUCCAUCUGAGGUACGUGAGUCCCCCCAAUUUGAAAAUGCCCCCGUACAUAAUGAAGUUCGUGGCGGACAAGGGGAUCUCCCAGAAGGAAUACGGCAGUUUGGAGGAGGUUCUGCCUGACACCGAUGUGCUUUACAUGACCAGGAUUCAGAGGGAACGAUUCGAUUCCCAGGAUGAGUACGAGAAGGCUUGCGGCCAUUUCGUGGUCACCCCGCAACUAAUGACCAGGGCGAAAAGGAAAAUGGUGGUGAUGCACCCGUUGCCCAGGGUGUUCGAGAUCAGUCCGGAAUUCGACAGUGACCCGAGGGCGGCCUACUUCCGACAAGCUGAGGGCGGCAUGUACGUCCGGAUGGCCCUUUUGGCCAUGGUACUCGGUAGAUGUUGAUUUUUCCACUAUUUAUUAGCUUUUGCAUUGUUAACGAGAUUGAAAUAUACUGAUAAUAGAUUUUUUA